GCAGAGGAAUGUGAAUAGUAGUUCUGAGGAUUUAGUUGCUUCUCUGGUGGGCGAUGAAGGUGAAAUUGGGAAGGGCGAUGAUAGUAUGAAGGCGAGUCCGGUCGAGCUCGAGACGCCGAGAAAAGAAACUGAAAGGAGUGUCUACAAAAUCGAAAAAGGUGGAAUCGGUUGACUGGAAGUGGAUAAUGGAAGAAGAUCCAAAUUUGAAAUACAAAACACAUUGUUCUCAACUAUACAGAAAAUGAUGUGUUAGAUGAUGGCUGUUAAGUUUUGAUAACUUUUGAGUUGACUAAUUUGUAAUUGUUGCAGUACAACUCUGAGCCUGAAGCUGUUGACCUUUUAAUGGAGGUAACAUGUUGAGGACCUUGACAUGUUGAAUGAAUAUAUAGACAAAACAAAUUUUAAGAGGACUUGCCUGUAUCUCACCAGUUCAGCUAGAUACCUUCCUGAACCGAAUGACAUGAAAGUUCUGGAUCUUGCCUAUUCAAUUUAUUUGAAGUUUGAAGAAUAUCCCAAUGCUCUUCGAAUUGCAUUGUUCAUGGAUAAGCUGCAGUAUGCGAAGAAGGUGUUUACUUCUUGCAAUGAUGUGCAUCAAAAGAAGCAAUUCUGUUACAUUAUUGCACGUCAUGGAAUUGCUUUUGUGCUCGACAUAGAAAUGGCUGGAAAUGAAGACGGCAGAGAAAUGUUGCAGGAUAUCUUAUACAAUUCUAAGUUAAGUGAAGGAUAUCUAGCUCUUGCUCGUGAUCUUGAAGUCAUGGAGGCCAAGUCCCCUAUGGAUAUAUACAAGGUUUGACACUGAGAAUAAAUUUAGUCCCGCCUCAAUGAAUCCCGGUACAUGUGUAGUUUUUACAUCUAAUGCCCUAAGAUUAGAAUUGUAAAUAAUUAAAUUAUGGUCCAAUUUGAUGAAAGGGCAUGUAAAUAAAUCAUGCUCUUUUAAUUUGAGGUACAAACAACUAUUAGUUUUGCUGCUUGCAUAUGUUUUCUUUUAAAUCUACGAUUUUUUUUAUUAAUAGUUGUAAGUGA